AUGGCAGACUGGGAGCAAGUUUCACCGCUUCUCCGAACGAGACGCCCGCAAGAUGAUAUCCUCAUCGUCAGUCUGGUCAACGAGCCGUACAACUUCCUCGAUAGGCAGUGUUUCGACGAGCUCAACGCGGUCAUUGCUCCGCUCGACAUCAAAACUACACGUGCAGUCAUCUUGACCGGAGGAAUCAAGGAGAUCUUCGUAACCCACUACAACGUGGACGAGCUCAUCCACUUUGGACUCUAG